CGAGGCAGUGUCCGAGACCUUCUUCCUGGGAUGGAUAGACGAACAUGUGUUGCUGAUCCAGGGGAAGGAGGACCAUCUGGAGGUGCUGAGGGAGGGAUGGAUGCGGAGGUCCCUCAAUCCGCCACGGGGAUUCACCAUCAAAUACCUGGGUGAUGUGUCGCCAAUCAGUAUGUCCCCCAUCAGCCAAUCCCAGUUCAUCCCUUUGGGAGAGGUAUUGCUAUUGGCUAUCUCUGCUAUGAACUCCGCCCACAAGCCUGUCACUCAGGAGGCCCUAACUGAACACCUGCAGACAUGUUUUCCAGGUGUUCCCACACCAACGGAGGAGGUUCUGCACCACACGCUCGGCAUGCUGGUCCGUGAGCGGAAGAUCUACCCGACACCCGACGGAUAUUUCAUUGUGACCCCUCAGACUUACUUCAUCACUCCGAGCCUAAUCCGAACCAGCUCCAAGUGGUACCACUUAGACGAGCGAGCCGCUGACCGACACCAACAGCAGCAGCAUCAGAACCAGCAGCAGCAUCAGCAGACGCAGUGCACCUCCCCUCUCUCUGGCACCAUCACCCCGUCCACCUCGGGAGCCGCACGAGAUCGAGCGCACCCAAAGUCCAGCCAGAACCACAGUGCGGGAGGCGGAGGCGGAGUUUACAACAACAGUUACCGCGGAGACGACCCUCCCAGCCACCACACCACCCUGCAGCGUCGAUCUCCCAAGGACCACCGGGAGGCGUACUCGUCCCCACACUCCCCUCAGACACCUCCUCAGCAAGCAGGAGGCAACACGGAAAAGAGUCGCAGCACCCUUGGGUUCCCCUUCAAGACGGAUACGCUCACCAAGCACCGAAGUGGGGGAGUAGGAGGAGGAGGAGGAGGAGGAGGAGGAGGGGGAGGAACGGGAGAGACCGAGAAACAAGCAGGUGGGGGAAGUGGUACGGGAAGUCGGAAAUUUGGUUUAAAGCUGUUUCGUCUGAGCUUUAAGAAGGACAAGGCCAAGCAGCUGGCCACCUUCUCCGCACAGUUCCCCCCUGAGGAGUGGCCGCUCCGCGACGAGGAGGCGCCCAGCCAGCUGCCCCGCCACGUAGAGAUGGAGAUCAUCCGCCGAAUCAACCCCGAUCUCACCGUGGAGAACCUGGCCCGGCACACGGCGGUCAUGAAGCGCCUCGAAGAGGAGCGGGCCCAGAGGAGCAAAGCGUCGUCUGCCAAUCAGAGCUCCAGGAGCAGGCGAAGCGGGGGGAGACACCGGAAACAGUCUCAGACCAAACUCAGCCGCUCGCACAGCAAGACGAGGGCGUCCCGCGGCGAGCCAAGCGACGGUUCCCACCUGGAGCUCGCCGACCGGGACUACAGAGCCUACUCGUCCUCCCUGGCUCGCUCACCGAGGGAACACGCCCUGGCCAUGGAGCGGCAACGGGCCCGCCUUCACCUGGCACACAGCAACCCCAACAUCCUCGACUCCUCCCACCUGCCCGUCACGCCAGAGUGGGACGUGUCCGGAGAGCUCGCCAAGCGGCGCACCGAAAUGCCUUUCCCCGAGCCGAGCCACGGCCCGUCGGCCCACCACUCCAAAGUCCACCGCUCGCACUCCCACACCCAGGAGAGGAAGUCCCGGAACGAACGCAGCGACAAGGCCAAGGAACGCUCCAGAUCCAUGGACAAUUCCAAAGGACCACUCGGAGCCGGCUUGAUCGGACCACCCGACUAUUACGAGGAUCGGAGCCGCUACUACACGGACGAUGGCACCCUGCGAGCCAAUCAGAGCUCUUCUCACUACUCUCGAGCCACCCCACCCUCAGCUAAACUGCCCGUGGAUUCUCUGGGGUUGGAUGGUGGCAGGAGUUUAGAGAAGAGUAAGAGCAGGGACAGCCUGCCGGCAUACUCGCCCAAACCACUGCUCAGCGCCGUCCCUCCUGACGAUUACUUCCAAUGCGCGGGUUCCUCCGAGGCUGCUCUCACAGCAGCCAACCCAAUGGGAACCCUAGGCAAAAGUAGCCACGAGGGAUUAAAACUAGGCAGCGCUGACAGGCAAACAGACAGACAGACACCCCAUCCUCUAGAAAAUAAGGAGGACUUGUCAAAGGUGGGACCUAAGGGUGGCAGCCUGCCUCCGAUACCCCUCUCUAUCCCCGACCCGCCACUUCCUAAUGGACGCCCUCCCCACAGUGCCUCCUCUGGUCAGGAGAAACGUAAGGAGAUCUUUAGUAAAGACACACUCUUCAAACCUCCUCCUAGCCUCCCUUUGCCCGGCUACAGCUCCCUGAGAAAACCCCCAGCCCUCGCCUCCUCUACUCUGUCCUCGUCCUGCGAUGCACUUGAUUCCCAGGAGGCCUUUGACGCUCCCAAACCCCUGGUGGCUACGCCGUCCGCUCCCGCGCAGGGGAUUGAACCCUCGACCGGUGCUGCAGAGGCUUCCUUUGACUACUACAACGUCUCAGACGACGACGAACUCGAGGAGGGGGGGACUAAAAGUCGAGGGGAGGGCGAGAAGGCCGGAGGAGGCGUUGCCGGGAUGGGAGGAGGCGGGGCAGGGACCAUGCAGUGGCUGUUGGAGAGAGAGAAGGAAAGGGACCUGCAGAGGAGGUUUGAAAGAACCCUCACCUUCCCUGGUGCUAAAGAGAACCUUCCAGAGCCCGGUCAGAACCAGCAGUCAGCCCACUCCGCUCGACUCGACAGUAUGGACUCCAGCUCCGUCACUGUCGACAGCGGAUUCAACUCCCCACGAACAAGGGAGAGCCUAGCGUCCAACACCUCGUCCAUCGUGGAGAGUAACCGCCGACAGAACCUGGCGCUGAGUCCCGGGCAUCUCGGCAUCACCACCGGCACGGGGCCCCCCUUCUCCUUCCGCGCCAUCCCAGAACCUUCCGGCACCCAACCAGAGAAACUCCAGAAGCCCAGCGCUUGCCUUGCGUCAAUCACCAGCGUCUAGGGGCAGAACUAAGGGCUGGGCGGAGCCCAUGGAGAGGGGCCAGAAAAGUAAAAAGCCCCCCCGCCACCCCCACCCCCCUGAGGACUGUUACAUCUUUAGACUGACUGAAUCAGUGGAGCUGCCACAGGCCCACUGUGGAACUAUAGCUAUUAACACGCACUCGCGCGCGCGCGCACACACACAC